UUUCGGUCGUCCUAUAAAUUUAGUUAUUUAUUUCGAUCAGAGUUUAUUCUUUGACUUUAAUUUAAAAUGCGUCUGUCUUUGCAAGAGUCGGUAGUAGUACUAUAGCCGCAAGGCUGUAUGCUCAACGUUUUCCUCAAAACCGGUGUCUGAGUAGAGGCAUAUUUCUUCGUUUGGCCCGGCGUUUUCGGACAACAGGUAGUGUAGUCCAUCCAACCUACCGUAGACAAGGUCGCAGGAGAACGGAGGAAAACAAAAUAAAUUGUUUGGCCUAUGUAGAAUUUGAUCCGCACUUAAGCAUCAGAACUAUUUCAGGCGAUUUAGGCAUACCUCGUUCUGUAGUUCACAGAAUUUUGCAGGAACACAGAUUUCAUCCAUUCCAUAUAGUACUCCACCAGGCAUUAAAUCUAGAAGACUAUGACAGAAGACUAGAUUAUUGUCAUUGGAUGGAGAAUAUGUUGCUCGAAAAACCAAAUUUUCUCAACGAAAUUUUAUGGACAGACAAAGCAACGUUCAAUAGUGACGGAGGAGUUAACAGACAUAAUAUGCACUAUAGGUCUGAAACUAACCCUCGUUGGAUGCGCGAGAUCCAGCAUCAGGGAAGGUGGAGUGUUAAUGUCUGGUGCGGUGUAAUAGGAUCUCAGGUUAUAGGUCCAUUUUUAUUUGAUAAAAGCCUAACUGGAGUACGAUAUCUUGGAUUUUUAAGAAAUGAGCUCCCAGCAUUAUUAGAAGAGGUGCCUCUGGUUAUAAGAGCCAACAUGUUUUUACAACAUGACGGAUGCCCGGCUCAUUUCGCGGUACAAGUGCGAACGUUCCUUAAUCAGCGGUACCCUGAUCGGUGGAUUGGCAGAGGUAGCUUUUUCCCUUGGCCGGCAAGAUCGCCAGAUUUAACCUGCCUUGACUUUUAUUUAUGGGGUAGAAUAAAAGCCAUUGUAUUUUCUUCGAUUCCUACCAAUAGAGAAAAUAUGAAACAGUGAAUAAGGGGCGCUAUUCGGAGUUUACCAGCCGCAGAAAUAGAGGCAGCCGUGGAAUCAACCCGACGAAGAGUUCAAAAUUGUAUAGAACAAGACGGACGACAAUUCGAACA